GCCUUUCGCCCUUCUCAUGUGCCAUGUAAUUUCAACCAAAGUUGGUACAAGUGUAUAAUCAGAAUGGGAGAGCGUUUUUGGAAUUUACAAUGGAAAAGAUCGGCAGAGGUUAGGGUCCACGGGCACCCUGAGAGAAUAAGGAUAAUAUCUCUUUUCAGUUGCUGCAAAGAUUGGGUCAGGCAGGCUUGAGUGUGUGUGUUGUCCCAGUGAUUCCACAUUCUCUUCCCUGCCUUAUAAAGACUCAAGACUCUCUGCUUGAGACCUUGACAUGAGCAGAGGCAGCAGCAGCUAGUCAUUGGAGAGGCAGAUAGUCUGAAGAAGCCAAGGUUGUCUCACUCCCAGAAGACCAUACACACAUAAUCCAAUCAAGUCUUUGGUUACUACAAAUAGAGGCACUGAAAAAGGCUGCAGAGGAUCUUAUCACUACUGAUAAAUGUGCAGCCUACUACAAGCAGACAGACAUUUCAGUGCAUGACUGGAACUGAACAGGAACAUGACAUCUUUGAUGGCAGAUGAUGUAUCAUCAGCAACAGGUUCAGAGUGAUAGCCAGCACCUGUCUUCAAGGCCGGGUUUGCCUCCGGAGAAGCAAUUUCUCCUGCAAGGCGGAGCAGAUUCAUCAUCAGGGCUUGUCCUCUCGACCGACGCUAAACCUCGGUUAAAAUGGACAUCAGAGUUGCAUGAGCGUUUUGUGGAAGCAGUAAAUCAGCUGGGAGGGCCGGACAAGGCGACGCCGAAAACAAUCAUGAGGCUCAUGGGAAUUCCUGGAUUAACCCUUUACCAUCUUAAGAGUCAUCUUCAGAAAUACCGACUUAGCAAGAAUCUUCAAUCUCAAGCCAAUGCUUCCCGUGCACAAGGUGUCUUAGGUUGUAGUACGACAGAGAUAGAUAAACCAUGUGAAGGAAAUGGAUCACCGGCUAGUCACUUGGACCUAGAGACUCAGACAAACAGCAGUUCUAUGCACAUAAAUGAAGCCCUCCAGAUGCAAAUUGAGGUGCAGAGACGGCUGCAUGAACAACUAGAGGUACAAAGACACCUGCAGCUUCGGAUUGAAGCCCAAGGAAAGUACCUGCAGUCAGUGCUGGAGAAGGCGCAGGAGGCACUCGGCACCAUCGCCGUAGCAGAAACUGCUGCAACUGCAAACGCCUCCUCAUCGAAACGCCUCCAAAACGAGCACACCCAGCUUCACCAUCACCAGCAGCAGCAGCAGGUCGGCGAUGGAUCGGUGGACAGCUGCCUGACCGCCUGCGACUGCGAGGGCUCGCAUCACUCGCGCUCUCAUGGCCACAGAGGAGAGCAGGACAUCCUGUCCAUCGGCUUGCCGCCAUUUGAGCCGGCAGCAGCAAGAUCAGGCAAGGAGCACCACUACCUGCUGUUCCCCAACGAGCCGAGCAGGCGACGAUCGUGUUCGGAUGAACGGCGCCGCGAGAUGAGCACGCUGCAGGCGUCGGAGCUGGACCUCAGCAUCAAUGGCAGGUCGUCGUCCCACUCUCACAGGCGCGAAAACAUCGAUCUGAAUGGUGCAGGCUGGAGCUGAACCAACUUAACUGAUCGAUGGAGAAAAGCAGGUAGUAGAAAAUUAGCAAGCAGCAACUGGGCAAGUGAUUCAUUUCUUGCUAUGAGCACGAUGAAAUUAAGCCAAAGAUGGUGGUGGUGCAUCGAUCGAUCGCCAUGUAUGAUCAAUAAGGAAGGUGCUUUAAUUUCUCUGAAUAUAUGUAAUCUAGUUCAUGUAGAGACUGAUCGGGAGGCAGUUUUUUUUAACGCAUGAUUUACUGUAACCGUGUAUUAUAUUAGAUGAAGUUAUUUUUGUCAUAUACUUCUAAAAAUAAUAAUAAUACUAUUACGUAAGGUAGGCCAA